AUGGCGAGAAGAUGCGAAUACAAGCCACAUAGCCUGCAGACAUGCCUUCAGCUCAGCUUGUUAUUUGGCCUGUGUUUUGCUCGAAUAAAAGCGAUGAGUGACAACUACGUGGCGAAUCAUAUACCAGUCUACUCGCUUGAGCGUAGGACCAACAGGGCACUCUCGGAAGACGAUGGUGUCACCGAAGAGGCUCAGAAAUCAUUCGAACGGGGCGCUGAUAGACAAUUAAAGUCUCAAGGCGAGGUGGUGACGGGAUUUGGAAUAAGUCAGGAGGGCCUUGGCGAAGUGCCCUUAGAAGAAAUAGUACCUAAAUAUACGCCCAAGACCUACGCUAAGACAUGGAGGUGCCUAAACAUUGCUAUAGAUGCACUUCUUAGAACAUGGUCAAAAGACGGUGCCAAAAUAGCAAAACGCGUUGAAUGGGGAAAUAAUUAUGAAAGGCAGAAUGAAGAAUGGAGAAAACAUAAAGAUAAGGAAUCAGUGGAGUGCAGACUCACGCCGAAUAGUUGGCGGAAAACGAGACAGCUUGUUGAGGAACUAUUUCACCAAUGUCCCAGGGCCUGUUGGUCGUCGAGGAUGCGCGAAAGCCGAGCAAACGAAGGCAGAACGGAGGCAAAUGACCUCAAUUAUGAGCACACGAUGAGAACAACGAAGCAGCGGAGGAACGCAAGAAAAUACGUAUGGAGGAGUAAAGUUGUGAUAGCACUGCUGAGAGUGCCUUUAGUAGUAAUAGGCGUCGAGAUGCAGAUGGCUUUGGAUAAUGAUGGCUUCGCCUACAACUAA